UUUCUUCUGCUCUGCUCCUGCUCGUCCGGUCGGAAGUCGUCGGAACCCAAGCCCUCCGCUCCGCUCCCCCAUAGCCCUCGUCCGAGGACUAGCGGGAUCCGUCCGGUUCGGCCAAGGGGAAGGACCUCGUCCGCCGAUGUCGACCCGCGCCGCCUCCCGCCGCUCCUCCUCGUCGUCCGCGGCCGCCAAGCGCCCCGCGAUGGCGGAGGGCGCCAAGGCGGCGGGAACCGCCGCCGCGCAGGCCAAGAAGCGCGCCGCGCUCGGCAACAUCACCAACGUCGUCGCCGCUCCGGCGGGAAGGGCCGCCGCCCUUGGGAAGGUCGCGCCACCGGUCACCGGCGCGAAGUUGAAUUCAGCUACCUCAGCUGUACCCUUAAAGAAGCCAUCUUUGGCAAAUGCUCGCAAUGCGAGCUCCAUUCGGGGUUCUGCUGUGAAGUCGGCUUCCAUCAAGCCAGCUCCACCAGUACCACGCCUCGACAGCAGCACAAGGCCGAAGCAUAAUGUUCCUGUGCCUGCCACUGUCCAUGUGCCAAGUCGUGCUCCUGCCUUGGUACCCUGCAGCAGUUUCGUGUCGCCUGCACGUUCAGGAGAUUCAGUUUCUAUCGAUGAGACGAUGUCGACUUGCGACUCCAUGAAAAGCCCGGACUUUGAGUACAUAGACAAUGGGGAUUCCUCGAUGCUGGCCUCGUUGCAGCGACGGGCAGAUGAACAUCUGCGUAUAUCAGAGGAUACAGAUGUUGAAGAAAAUAAAUGGAAGAAAAAUGCCCCUGCCCCAAUGGAAAUCGACCGCGUCUGUGAUGUUGACAACGACUUGGAGGAUCCACAGUUGUGCGCUACUCUGGCUUCUGACAUCUACAUGCAUCUGCGAGAAGCUGAGACAAAGAAACGACCAUCAACUGAUUUCAUGGAAACGAUUCAAAAAGAUGUCAACCCAAGCAUGAGGGCAAUUUUGAUAGACUGGCUCGUAGAAGUUGCUGAAGAGUAUCGUCUUGUUCCUGAUACUUUGUACCUGACAGUUAACUACAUUGACCGUUAUCUUUCUGGCAACGAAAUCAACCGCCAAAGGCUGCAAUUACUUGGUGUUGCUUGCAUGCUUAUAGCUGCAAAAUACGAGGAGAUAUGUGCACCCCAAGUAGAAGAAUUCUGCUACAUAACGGACAAUACAUACUUCAGAGAUGAGGUCCUAGAAAUGGAAGCUUCUGUGCUGAAUUAUUUGAAGUUUGAAAUGACAGCACCUACAGCAAAGUGUUUUUUGAGGAGAUUUGCUCGUUCUGCACAAGCGUGUGAUGAGGAUCCUGCUUUGCAUCUCGAGUUCCUCGCCAGUUACAUCGCUGAGCUAUCCCUUCUGGAGUACAAUCUACUAUCCUACCCUCCAUCACUAAUAGCUGCUUCGGCUAUUUUCUUGGCGAGGUUUAUACUCCAGCCAACAAAGUAUCCUUGGAACUCCACACUUUCUCAUUACACACAGUACAAGCCGUCCGAAUUGAGCGACUGUGUAAAGGCAUUGCACCGCCUUUUCAGCGUUGGUCCUGGGAGCAACCUUCCAGCAAUCAGAGAAAAGUACAGUCAACAUAAGUACAAAUUUGUUGCGAAGAAGCAGUGUCCACCACAAAUCCCUACCGAAUUCUUCAGGGAUACGACAUGAUAGACUAGAAGGGCCCAGCAGUAGUUCCAGUUGCUUACUGAAUUCUUCCUGAUGUGGCUCAAAUGCCUCCCAGUGUAGCACCCGCACAUGCAGGACGUGCUGAUGACCCCUGUUUGUGGUCAUGUUAGAGAAUCGGUGUGUGUGUUUUCCCCCUCUCCUGCUUCUUGCUGUAAUUUUCCUGUAUCUAGACCAAUGUCUGCAGGCGCAUGUAAAUCGGAGUUGUGUAGUAGAGCAUAACAUCUCGUUUGUAUUGCCAUAAAACUGACUGGGAGUCGGUCACUUGAAGCACUACGUCAGGUUCAUUGAUAUGUCCCUUGUAAAGCACCAGAUUUUUUGUAGUGCUCAUUCUGAAUAAUCCAUUGCUCUGCUCCUUGUCCUUGAAGAAUUCUACACACAGACGCAGAGUUGAAGUUGCAUCUUCCACUCCUACGUGUUGGUUUGGAGGUGAAGAAAUGAACGAGAUUGCAGGAGCUUGUUGACACCACAGAAACAAGUGACAGGAAGAGAAGAUGACGUAUUGGGGUGGGGGUGGUGUCGAUCACCUUGGUUUACAAGAAUGGUUGGUCUCUCAAACAAAAACACACUAAACGGAAUGGAUGAUGCGUAACACAAACAAAAGGACCCGACAAGGCGAAUCAAAUGUAUCUGGACGCAUAUAUAUCCAUCCAUUCCAAAUCCAGAGCGCGGAAAUUUUGGGCCAUGAUGUCCCUCUCAGUUCAUUAGUACUCCAGCAUUUCUACAUAUAUGCAUGUUUAUGCUAGACGCGCAUAACUACGUGUAAUGCAAUUAACUUGAACCGGUGUAUCCA